AUGCGCAUUCAAUGCAUCCAUAGGUAUCUUGAUAACGGUAACUGCAAACUUAAUGGUGACGGGUGCGGGACUGUUGAAAUCACGCUUAGGAAUCCUGUUACAGGCAAUGGGGAUGGAAGCGGUUGUGAUAUAUCACUGAUUCCUCCUCUCGCUUUUUCUGACCCACUCGGGUUUAAAUACAUCGAUGGAUGCGACAGCCUAGACGCUUUCUGUGGCGAGUCAGGUUGCAACACGGCGUUUUACCAGCCCAACGAUAAUUGCGUGCAAGUGGCUUGUCAGGAGAAUAAUGUACGUGCAUUUUUACACUCUUCUCUCUGCAUGUAUUGA